AACAUACAAAGAUAUUUGAACAACAACACACCAGACAUUGUAAUAGAGGAAAAGUUAGCAAGGAUAAUAGGAGCUAUAAAAAAAAAUGGAAAGAGAAUUGAUAACCCACCAAUUAACAGAUACAACACCUCCAACACUCACAUUCAACAGUACCAGUAA